AUGAAGAGCAACUUCCUCCAAAGAUUCAGACACAAGUCAGGUCCAGAGCAUCCAAAAACAAUGGACUCAACACCCAAAGACCCCGGCCCCCCGACCGUAGCCGACAUUUUUCGUUACCGCUAUCAACACGGCACAAAUCUGGGAUCCAUCUUCGUUCUUGAGAAAUGGUUGCAUCGAAGCAUGUAUGAGAAACAUGCCACAGGGUCGAGUGAACUGGCGGCUGUUACGCAGUCCUUGAACAAUAUUGGCCUCCAAGCCACACGCCAGAAAUGGGAACGUCAUUGGCAUUCAGCCCUUAGCGAGACCGAUUUUCUCUGGUUGCUAGAGACCGCAAAGUGCAACUCGAUACGUUUGCCAAUCGGCCAUUUCACCCUCGGGCCCGACUUCUGCGCGGGAACAGUCUUUGAAGGAGACGCAGCGCAGGUAGGUAUCGGGGUGCUCAUAGACCUCCAUGCCCUGCCAGGCGGCGCCAAUAAAGAUGCACACAGCGGAACAAACAGCGGGAAAGCUGAGCUCUGGACGUCCACACAUUACCUCAGCCUUGCAAAGGAAUGCGUGAAAUUCGUCGUACAUGAGAUUGUCGCUCUUCAAAUGUCCAAUGUCAUUGGUAUUGAGCUCUGUAACGAACCCUCUCGGGCCGCCAGCUCCGCCGUGUUCAAAUGGUAUGACGAGGUCCUGCCUAUGAUCAGCGCCAUCGAUCCAUCGCUGCCCGUAUACAUCGGCGAUUGCUGGGAUCUUUCCAAGGGCAUGAACUACGCCCUGAAGAAGAAUUCUGCUUCACAAACGCCCUCCAACCCUGUCAUCGUUGACACGCACAAAUAUUAUACCUUUGCCACUAAAGAUCAUUCCCAGACACCUCAGCAGAUCAUAGACCGAGUAAAUACUUCCCUAGCAGAUGUUGUAAAAAACCAGGGCAAUAUUUCAGCUAGCAAGACAGCUGUUGAAGUCUAUAUCGGCGAGUAUAGCUGUACAAUGGACACGAAGACAUGGGACAAAGUCAACAGCGCAGACCGUCCAGCCUUAACACAAGCAUUUGGCCGUGCCCAGACUGAGAAAUGGCAGAAUGUCACCUGUGGCUCGGCUUUUUGGACCUUCAAAAUGGACUGGAUUGAUGGAGGCGAUUGGGGCUUCAAGAAACAAGUCAAUACUGGCGCUUUGACAGCCCCACGCAGUCUGACUUUCUCCCUUGGGGAUACUCAAGCAAGGUCACAGCAAGCCAGUUCCCAAAAAGACCAGCUUAAAGCCACCGCAGUCUCCCAGCAUGUGGAAUACUGGCGUGAGAAAAGAGUGCCAAACAACAACUAUGAGAGUGGCUGGGACCUCGGUUUCAGGGACGCCAUGGACUUCUUUUCCGCUAGGGCAAAUAGCAUCACCAUGCCAAAUAAUACCAAAACAAACCACCAGCCAGCAGUGGGUGGAGGAGAUAAGAUUGGAGCUCUGGAACUGUGGAUUCUGAAACGCAUUGUCGAGUGUGGACGUCUAGAUAGCUCUUCGGCAUGGGAAUGGGAACAUGGAUAUCGAAGGGCUGUGAAAGACUUUGAGAAUGUUGUUUAUACAUAG